AUGUCUGAAUAUAUGGACGAUGUAGACAGGGAGUUUAUCAACUGUUUGUUCCCGAGGUAUUUGCUGCAACAACCUGUGGCUUACGAUUUAUGGAUUUUAUACUUGCAACAUAGGAAACUUUUCCACAAGCUAAAAAAUACAAGUUUAAUUAGUGUUGAUGAGAAUUCCAAUUCAGUCGGCGUGGGCAGGGCAAAGUUAACGGCUUCAACAAGGAAGGAAAUUUGGUCAAAAUUAAUGAAUUUAGGUGUGCUAGGUACAAUCUCAUUUGAAGCUGUCAAUGACGAUUAUUUGAUUCAAGUUUAUAAGUACUUUUAUCCAGAUGUUAAUGAUUUUACUUUGAGGUUUGGUGUCAAAGAUUCAAGUAGGAAUUCAAUUCGGUUUAUGAAAACCUCCACAGAGAUUGGGAAAACUGCUCAGGAACUAUUAGAACCUGUUCUAUCGGAACGUGAAAUGGCACUUAACUCCAACACUAGUCUCGAUAACGCCAACAAUGCCGAUGAAGAGGAUGAUGAUGAUGAUGGUGAUGAUGACGACGAUGAAGAUGAUGACGAUGCCGAUGAUGAUGAUGAGUCCGACUUGGAAAGUCUCGAAGGAGAGGUGGAUACCGAUACAGGCGAUGACGAUGCCGAUGAGUCCAAUCAUCACGAAGAGGGCGAAGAAGGAGGAGAAGAAGGCGCCGAUACUAAUGUGCCCAAUGUGCAUCAGAGCGGUGGAGGAAUUUCUGACCCGUGGUUAUACCAAAGAUCUAGAUCAUCCGUCACUAUAGAAGAAGCAGGACCGAGGAACUUGUGGAGUACAGCGGACAAGAAUGCUAAUCUGCAAUACUACCCUCCUGAUCAGUCAUCCUCAUCUUCUUUUUCUUCUCCCAGAGUUUCGUCUGGUAACGGCAAGCACGACAACGAGACAGUAGAAGGAUUGUCCAGUAAUGAUAACAAGAAGAAAAACACAAUGAUUCCUGAUAUUUAUAAAAUACUUGGGUAUUUUUUACCUUCUAGAUGGCAAGUUCAACCAAACAACAGUCUUCAAAUAUCUCAGGACGGUAUCACCCAUUUACAACCGAACCCAGACUAUCAUUCGUACAUGACUUAUGAUAGAUCGAGUACUUCGUCUGCUUCAGCAAGGAAUAGACUUAGGACUUCUUUUGAAAAUACGGGGAAGGUGGACUUUGCCGUUACUUGGGCCAAUAAAUCGUUGCCAGACAAUAAAUUAACAAUAUUUUAUUAUGAAAUCAAAAUUUUAAGUGUAACAAGUACAGAAAGUGCUGAAAAUAGCAAUAUCGUUGUUGGAUAUAAACUAGUGGAAAACGAAUUAAUGGAAACUAACGUAAAGAAAAAUGCUUCUCGCUCAAGUGUGACUGGUUCUAAUAGCAGCCUAGGUGGUGGUAAUAAUGCUGCUUCCAAUAGGCCACCUUCUACUUCCUUUACCACGGAAAGCUCCCAAAGGCGUGAUUAUAUCUAUGAAGGGGGCGUUUCAGCAAUAUCACUAAAUGUGGAUGGCUCUAUAGCCAAGUGCCAGAAAUAUGGGUUUGAUUUGAAUGUAUUCGGCUUUUGUGGGUUUGAUGGCUUAAUAACCAAUUCAACAGAACAAUCAAAGGAGUACGCUAAACCCUUUGGUAGAGAUGACGUUAUUGGCUGUGGUAUAAAUUUUAUUGACGGUUCAAUUUUCUUUACGAAAAACGGUAUUCAUCUAGGUAACGCAUUUACAGAUUUGAACGAUUUAGAAUUUGUGCCGUAUGUGGCAUUGAGACCUGGGAAUUCCAUUAGGACUAAUUUUGGUUUGAAUGAAGAUUUCGUCUUUGAUAUUAUUGGAUACCAGGAUCAAUGGAAAAGUCUAACCUACCAACAGAUUUGUCGCGGACGUCAAAUUAACGUUUCCAUUGACGAAUUCGAAUCUGAUGAAAGCGAAGAUGAGAAAGAAAAUGAAAAUGGUCGUGGCAAGGCAAAAUCAGCAAGUAUUGAUGAAGAUUUAAUGGAUAUUGAUCAAGAAGACGGUGUCGCAAUUCAUCAGCACUCUAAGACACCUGACAAUAAAAAUGACGACAACUCAAAGUUCCUUUUAGGAGAGGAUAGUAGAUUUGUAAACGGAAAAUUAACCAGGCCAGAUGUUGACGAGAUCAAUACCCUGAAAAUGGAUGAUGGUUCACUACCUAAUACAUUAAAUGUGAUGAUAAAUGAUUACUUGAUUCAUGAAGGGUUAGUUGAUGUUGCAAAGGGGUUUUUGAAAGAUUUACAGAAGGAUACUGUUGAUAUUAUCGGGCAACACUCUGAAAGUAAAUCCGUGAUCAGACACAAUGAAAGACAAAUCAUGAAAGAAGAACGCAUGGUGAAGAUAAGACAAGAAUUAAGGUAUUUGAUAAACAAAGAUCAAAUUUCCAAAUGCAUCGAUUACAUCAACCGUGAAAUACCGGAUUUAUUAAAGAAUAACUUGGAACUAGUUUUUGAGUUAAAGUUAGCAAACUAUUUGGUGAUGAUUAAGAAAAGCUCAUCCAAAAAUGACGAUGAAAUAGAAGAUUUGAUUUUGAAAGGGCAGGAAUUGUCCAACGAAUUUAUUUAUGAUACCAAGAUUCCACAAGCUUUAAGAGAUAGAUUCAGCGGACAAUUAAGCAACGUCUCUGCAUUAUUAGCAUAUUCCAAUCCCCUUGUGGAAGCGCCAAAAGAAAUAUCAGGAUACUUAACAGAUGAAUACCUGCAGGAAAGACUAUUUCAAGUUACCAACGGCACAAUACUGACAUUUUUACAUAAGGAUAGCGAAUGUGCGUUAGAGAAUGUAAUAUCAAACACGAGAGCCAUGCUUUCCACAUUACUUGAAUAUAAUGCCUUUGGUUCAGCUAAUUCGUCCGAUCCAAGGUAUUACAAAGCUAUUAACUUCGACGAAGAUGUGCUGAAUUUAUAA